UUCUGUUUCUGUUUUCAUGCUUCUGGAUUUGUAUCAAAAAUGCCUUUUUUUUUUUUAGUUUUUAAAAACAUGCAUUGAAACAUUGGAGGAAGAAGAGAGAGCGGGAGAGGGACGGGUUAAAAAUUUAAUCUUGAUGUGGGUGGUAUUAAUGAGAGGAGAAGUUAAGCAAUGAGAGAGAGAGAAAGAGUUGUGUUGUUGUUGAGAAACAGAGAAUGAGCAGAGAACCUGCAGGCGUUGCAAAGGCCUGGGAAAGCGCUGUAAGAAAAACACAAGCAGCUGCAAAGAAACGGAACAAUACAUUCUUCACUACAAUGUCUGUGGCUCAUGCUGAUGAUGAAGACUAUGAUCCAGGUGAAAUUUAUCAAGAAGAGAGAGCUCUUGCCAAUGGUGAUUUUUACUCAGGCCAAUGGUCUGAUAAUGUUCCCCAUGGUCAUGGUAAGUAUCUUUGGACAGAUGGUUGCAUGUAUGUCGGUGAAUGGUAUAGAGGUAAAACCAUGGGAAAAGGCAUAUUUAGUUGGCCAUCAGGUGCCACAUAUGAGGGUGAUUUCAAAGGUGGGUAUAUGGAUGGUCAAGGAACUUAUACAAGUUCUUUAGGGGGUACUUACAGAGGUUCUUGGGUUAUGAACUUGAAACAUGGUCAAGGUACUAAGUAUUUUGCUAACGGGGAUUAUUAUGAUGGAGAAUGGAGAAGAGGGUUGCAAGAUGGCCACGGAAAGUAUCAAUGGAAGAAUGGGAAUCAUUACAUUGGUCAAUGGAAGAAUGGGAGUAUUAAUGGACAUGGAACCAUGAUUUGGACUAGUGGAAAUAGGUAUGAUGGUUUUUGGGAAGAUGGUUUGCCUAAAGGAAAUGGAACUUUUAGAUGGGCUGACGGGAGUUUUUAUGUUGGUGUUUGGAGUAGUGAUCCUAAUGAUCAAAGUGGUACUUAUUAUCCUGCAGGUUCCCCAACUGUGAAUUCAGAUUGGGAUCCUCAACAAGUAUUUUUGGUGGAUUUGGUAGGUUGUAAAAUAUGUCCGGGAGAGAAAGUUUCAGUCUUGCCAUCACAAAAGACGACUCACUGGCCAAGGAGGACAUCAAUUGAUGGAAGGACUAGCUAUUACGAAAACGAUAGCAGUAACCAUGCUUGUGGUGUUAGCGAUGUGGAUUUUAGGGAUGGUGAUGAUGGUUUGGAGAAUCUUCACCUUGAAGAAUCAGAUUCAAGGGGUAGAGUGGUGUUGAAGAUACAUCCUACAAAGAAGCAGGGGGUGACUAUAUCUAAAGGACAUAAGAACUAUGAGCUCAUGCUAAACUUACAGUUGGGAAUCAGACAUUCCGUUGGGAGACCUGCUCCAGCUACAUCUCUUGAUCUCAAGGCUUCAGCUUUUGAUCCAAAGGAGAAAGUAUGGACAAAAUUUCCACCAGAAGGAUCAAAGCACACUCCUCCCCAUCAGUCUAGUGAGUUCAAAUGGAAGGACUACUGCCCUGUGGUUUUUAGGACUCUCAGGAAAUUGUUCAACGUGGAUGCAGCUGACUACAUGAUAUCUAUAUGUGGAAAUGAUGCUCUUCGGGAGCUUUCAUCCCCUGGAAAAAGUGGAAGCUUCUUUUACUUAACAAAUGAUGACAAAUACAUGAUAAAGACCAUGAGGAAGGCAGAAGUAAAAGUUCUCAUAAGGAUGCUACCAGCCUACUAUAAUCAUGUUCGGGCUUUCGAGAACACUCUAGUCACCAAAUUUUAUGGUCUGCAUUGUGUAAAAUUAACAGGGUCCGCACAGAAGAAGGUACGAUUUGUAAUUAUGGGGAAUCUAUUUUGUUCUGAGUAUGCCAUCCAUAGGCGCUUCGACUUGAAAGGUUCUUCUCAUGGUCGGACAACUGCUAAGCCUGAGUCAGCAAUUGAUCCAACGACAACACUUAAAGAUCUUGAUCUCAAUUUUAUAAUUCGCCUACAAAAAGUUUGGUUCCAAGAGUUUUGCAGGCAAGUGGACAGGGAUUGUGACUUCCUUGAACAAGAGAGAAUUAUGGAUUACAGUCUUUUGGUUGGUCUUCACUUCCGAGAAACUAUUUCCUACAGAGAUGCUCAGACACCUCGCACUUCUGGAGCACGCACUCCUAAAGAUGACGAAAAUGAACCAGGAGCCCCUCGCCUUUCAAGAGUGGACAUGGAUCAACUUCUUUUCGACCCAACUCGUUGGGCUUCCAUAAAGCUUGGUGUGAGCAUGCCAGCACGAGUUGAACAAACAGUGCGAAAAAGUGAUUGUGAAACCCAGCUGAUUGGAGAACCAACUGGCGAAUUUUUUGACGUCAUUCUUUUUUUUGGUAUAAUUGACAUACUACAAGACUACGAUAUUAGCAAGAAGCUAGAGCAUGCAUACAAAUCAAUGCAGUAUGAUCCAACUUCAAUCUCAGCAGUUGAUCCAAGGCAAUACUCAAAACGCUUUCGGGAUUUCAUUUUGAGAGCAUUUGUAGAAGACACUUGAGAAGAGAUAGAAUUGAAUCAAAUCUUCAACUUGCAGCGAGUAGCCAUUAAUGUAUAGUCCCUUAGACAGAUGAGAGUUACCAACAAAAAUUUAUGUUUCAGUCAUUUACAUGUCCACGAAGGAUGAUUUAUGGCUGCUGCAAAUACAAGCGUUCGUCACACAUACUAGCAGUUUCCCUCACUCUUAGUUACACCGGCAAAGUAUAUGAAAUGCUUCAGUAAACGGUGUGGAAAAAUGUCAGAACCAGAGUUACCGAAGCCUGUUUUGAUUAUAACAUUGAUUAUUAACAAACUGGUGAACCUGUAGCCCCAUUGAUUCUUUUUAUUCCUAUUUUUUUCCCCAGGUCAGCUGCGUCUGGGGUUGACAAAAAAGAAAUGUACAGAAGGAUGAUCAUACU